UACUUUAUUUCCCACAAUUCCUGUAGCCAUACUUCCUGUUUAGGUAACACGUAGCGUCUUUGCUCAAAGAGAGCUUCAGAGUAGCGAACUAGUGACAAACGACGACUUUUAGGGACUUAUUUUAUUCAUCGACGAUUGUUGGUUUCUCGCCUUUAUUUACUCUGAUGAUAAUGACGCCACAGCGGCACGUGUCGCUGUAUUUGGCUUCAUAUGUAGGCUAAGCUAUGUUGUCAAGCUAAUAUUGGCAUGACUAGUUAGCAAGUUAUUGUGUUGUUUACAUAUUUUUUUCAAGAUGUAUACUUUAUUAUCUGGAUUAUAUAAGUACAUGUUCCAAAAGGACGAAUACUGUGUUCUCAUCCUAGGACUGGACAACGCUGGGAAAACGACCUUUCUGGAACAAACCAAAACCAAGUUCAGUAAGAACUAUAAGGGAAUGAAUUUAUCAAAGAUCACAACCACAGUUGGCCUGAACAUUGGCACAAUCGAUGUGGGCAAGGCUCGUCUGAUGUUCUGGGAUCUGGGAGGUCAGGAGGAGCUCCAGUCUCUGUGGGACAAAUACUAUGCUGAGUCCCAUGGAGUCAUCUACGUGAUCGAUUCAACUGAUGAAGCGCGCCUGUCAGAAUCAAAGGAGGCCUUCGAGAAAAUGAUCAGCAGCGAGAUGUUAGAAGGUGUCCCGCUCCUCGUGCUGGCCAACAAGCAGGACGUACCGGACUGUUUGUCAGUGCCCGACAUUAAAACAGCCUUCAGUGACUCCGCCCCGAAGAUCGGCAAGAGAGAUUGUUUAGUCCAGCCUUGUACUGCGUUGACAGGGGACGGAGUGAACGAAGGCAUCGAGUGGAUGGUGAAGUGCGUGGUCCGUAACAUUCACCGGCCGCCCCGACAGAAGGACAUCACGUAAGAAGCCCCCACCUCUCCUCCUGCUGACUCUGGACUGCCAGUUCUUCCUUGAGGACAUUCCAUGUAAACCCUGGAGUUGAUAAUCUCUCCUCUCCCCUCGUGUUUUUCCGUGACUUUGAACAGUUUGGAUUUCUGCUUUUAGGAGUUCAUAACAGACAGUUUCACAUUUUUGUUUUGUUUUUCAUCACAAAGCAUCAUUUCAGAUGUGCUUUGAAUGGACUCAGUUUGACUUUUUACCUUUUUGAGGCGGUGUCUUGACUCCUCCUGCUUCAUGUGUGGGCAGCGGUCCCAGUCCCCGGAGCUGGCUGGGGGUGUGUGACUGUGCACUCUGCACUGAAGAAAAAAAAAAUGGUUCUCAUGUGAAAUCUACAAAACUGCAACAGGGGGUCCUCUGUUUGUUCACGGUAUCAGAUCAACUGAACAAUGUUUAGCUCACAUUUUUUAAGUAGCAUCUUAUGUGCAAUGAAAUAUCAACCAACAAGGAUAGUACAGCUAUUGUGCACAUUUUUCAAAAGAGGACAGAACCCUUUUUUUUUUUUUUUUUUUUUUUUUUUUUUUUUUUUUUAACAUGUUUGUGUCAAAUGGCAUCAACACUUAAGGCCUCUGGUUGGGCGGACUCUUUGACAACCACAGAAAUAGAAUAGGGGCUGAACUGACGUUGAAAUGUUUUCCGUGGUCAUUUGACUUGGUCAAAAAGAAAAAUGGAGGUUGUUGUUAUGGUAACACAGGUCAGGGAGCAGCUUUUGUGUUGCUCAGCUUGAGUUCGGCUGACAAGUGCCGCAAGUUAAUUUAUAUGGAAGUUGGCACGCUUCAACGGCCGCAAUGGCAACGGUGCACAAAAAAAUGGCAGCCGCUCUGACCAUCCUGCUACGGUGAGUCGAAUGUCCGUUCCACUCCUAUUUUAUUUCCAUGGUGACAACAGAAAGGGAGCAUGGCUGGGAGACGUGCUGUCAACCUCCAAAGUGACCUACUGACUGCAGAGCGUCAUACUCCAUAAACUUCAUUCCCCCCCCUUUUUCAACAAGUUGGCUAUCAGCCAUUAGCGAUAGAGAGCUGCAGGAAUAAGUUCUAAAUCCCAGAAAUGAGUCAGCGUUUUUGCACUUCCUGUUCCCUUGUCGUGAAGUCAAUGGGUUCUUUUAAUGUGAUUUUGGUUAGAUGACUGAGAUAAGGUCUGUGGUUCACACAAACUGAAGAGAUUUUAACGUUUUGUUCUACAAUAUAAAAUAGGUCAGUUAAUACUCCUCUUGUGAGUUUUGAAGCUUUUACUUGUCUUUAAAAAAGGCGGUAGCUAAAAAGGAGCUAAAACCAGUUUACUAAAACUGAGUCUACUUAAAGUCCCUAGAACAGCCUCGUUGUGUGGAGCCUUACUUUAGCGUUUUACUUCUGCCAAUUGAAUUCACGCUUCAAAAAUCUAAAAAAGUGUGCAUUAUCUUGCUGAACAAAACGUGUUAAGUACCAUAGAGUUUAUUUUUUGCAAUAAUCCGAAAUCCAAUUCCAAAUUCCCAUUGGCUUUUUGUAGAGGGAACCAGUGUGAACUUCCUGUUGGACUAAGAACACACCUGCAGCACUGUAUGGUCUGUCUGUCCCUGUACAACAUUCAGCGUUUGGGAGGAUCCAUGGUAAUGUUGAGUUUGUGAACUAUGAAAUCAUAGAUAGAACUGAGCGAAUGUGAAAAAUGUGGUAAACUGUUGACAUUGAAGUGAUACAACACAGAUCAAAUUACUGUCAGAGACAGAAACAAUUCAUGCCCCCUGGUCAAUGACAAUGUAGGGGGCGCCGUUACCUGAAUAAGAUAAAUAGGAAAAAAAAUUUUUGUUUAAAAAAAAUAAUAAUAAUUUUACUUCGACUUUAAGGUUUGUACUCUCCAAUCUGCACACUGCCGGCCCACACCGAGGAAGCAUUCACUACUUUUCUUACUUAACCUGUUGUUACGUUGUUAUAAUCCCAAAAAAUCCUAACUUGUUUUGUUAUUUGUUCAUCAGGUUUUAAACUUCACAUAACUAUCAUACAAUAAUGCCAUGAUGUAUAAACGAUAAAUAACUUAAGUGGUAAGGGUUUGGGACAUUUCUCAUUACUUUUACUUUGACAGGGUUUCCUGUGGCAGCUGUGGAGUGUUCAAAUCCAAAUAAUUUGAGAUAAAAUAGUUUGAGUCCAACUCUCCAUGAAAAGGAGAAAAGGGUUGGGGUUUUUUUUUUAUUAGCCUUUUUUUGGUUGCAUAAUUUUACUCAUUGCACAAUGCAACUCCAUACUUGAAGUCAUCCGAUAAUGGGUCCUCCCAGAUCCUAAAUGCUGAUACAUUAUCGAUAUUUUGGAACAGGAAAACGCCGACACCUAUGGAGCUGAUGGUGUAUGUAAAACAUGUGUGGGGAGAGUUACAGGGGGAACAGGUCAGAUAUUCAUAGUUUGAUCAUAACGGAAACUUUUUGGGGAAGAUUGGCUUUGGAAAUAUAAAUUUUCAUAAUUGGACACUACAGCUGGGUAACAGGACAGGUUAUCUGUCACAGAGAAAUCCUCUGCUGCAUCACUUUAUACCAGGAUUGUAAGUUGUAUGAAGUUGUUAUCAAAACAUCAGUGUCCUCUGUCACAUAUAUUGUAGAUCAAAAUAAUAAACUUCUUAUUUCAAAGAAA